AUGAAUAUAACUCUUCUUGCGUCUAAUUAAUACUUCAAAGAUUUAGAAAUCACAAGAAAAUGUUAGAAUUCUAAAGGAAGGAGCCAAAAUUUUGUAAAAGGCAAAUCAAGAUCAGUGAUAAAGAGAUUGAGAUACAUAAAAUAAAUAGAUCCAUCAUAUAUCAAAGAUAUAACAGUAAUUGAAAAAAAUAUUAACUUCCCUAAAUACCUCAAGUUAUUAGCUCAUUACAAUGAUAUUGAAAUAUAUAAAUUUAAAUUUAAAAGGUAUUUAGUUCAAUGGGGAUCUUAGUUAGUAACGAAAACAAGGAAUAAAUUAAAUUCUGAUAUCAUUAAUGCUCUUGAAUUUUUAAAGAAAAACCUUUAGUAUAACUCAAUAGCUAUAGCUAAGGAAGAUAUCUAAUCUUAUUUGUAUAUAGAAUUUUUAUUUAUUAAAAAAAUUAGAUAGUAAUUUUUAUGUCUAUACAUUGUAAUAAUAAUUUUUUAUGUCUCCACAUUAUAUUAAUAAUUUUUUAUGAAAAAUUUUUUUCGCUUAUCCAAUUUAUGUUUUAUUAAAAAUAUCCUUAUUUAUGUUUAUAUAACUAAUAGAUUACAGUUAAUAUAUUUACUAAGUAACUUUUUAUUUAAUGGUGUCUUCUAAUAUCUGAAACAAUAGCACCAAAAAUUUUCUAUAUUUUUUUUUAUUUUCAUAAAAAAUUAUCAUAAAUAAUAAUUUAUAAUUUGUAUUAAAUAAUUUUAGAAGAAAAUUUAAGUUUAGAUAAUAUGA